AUGUGUGACAUGGGUGGACUGGAUAACCUGGUGGCCAACACGGCCUACCUCAAAGCCCAGGGUGGUGACGACAAGGAAAUGAAAAAGCGCCGCCGCAGCUUGUCUCUCCCUAAGGCAGAGCAAUGUGCUGCAGUGCGAUCGUCCAUCGAUAAGGACUUUACAUCGAUCUGUGAACGGCAGCCUAUAGGCAAAAAGUUUUUCCGUGAAUUCCUGGCAAGCAAUGCCCAGUUUAAGCUUGCUGCUGAUUUCUUGGACGAGCUUUACGACUGGGAUCUCGCUGAAGGUGCAGUAAAAGACAAGUCGCGGCAGAACAUCAUCAACAAGUUUUGCAAAGCUGACUCCAAGAAUUUCUUGUCCUUUCUCACUGGGGAGGCCGCUGACAAAUGCAAGACUGUGACAGAUGCCAACUUCGAUGAGGUGAUGAAAGGCAAAGUCCAAGAUGGUGUAAGGGAAUUUUUGAAGGGCAAACCUUUGACAGAUUACCAGGCCAGUCCAUUCUUUGAUAAAUUUCUCCAGUGGAAGGAAUAUGAGAAGCAGCCCAUCAGCGACAAGUACUUCUAUGAGUUCAGGACCCUGGGAAAAGGUGGUUUUGGAGAGGUAUGUGCUGUGCAGGUGAAAAACACAGGCCAGAUGUAUGCUUGCAAAAAGUUGUGUAAAAAGCGACUGAAGAAGAAGGGUGGUGAGAAGAUGGCCCUUUUGGAGAAAAAGAUCUUGGAGAAGGUCAACAGUCUGUUUCUGGUCAACCUGGCCUACGCUUACGACACCAAGACCCAUCUGUGCCUUGUCAUGACCUUGAUGAAUGGUGGCGACCUCAAAUACCACAUCUACAACAUCGGCUAUGACGGCAAGGGCGUGGACAAGGGCAUCGAGAUGAAGCGUAUCGUCCACUACACGGCCCAAAUCACCACUGGUAUUCUUCACCUGCAUGCCAUGGAUAUUGUUUAUCGUGACAUGAAGCCUGAGAACGUGUUGCUGGACAGCUUCGGUCAAUGUCGACUUUCAGAUUUGGGUCUAGCCAUAGAGAUCACCCCGGGAAAAACUGUCUCCCAGAUGGCUGGUACCGGAGCCUACAUGGCCCCGGAGCUUUUGAACAAAACUCCGUACAGGACGUCAGUGGACUGGUGGGCACUGGGUUGCAGCAUCUACGAGAUGGUGGCCGGCUACACGCCUUUCAAAGGGCCUGAAAGUAAAAAGGAGAAGGUGGAGAAGGAGGAGGUGCAGCGCCGUAUUCUCAACGAGGAACCCAAGUGGGAGCACAAGUUUUUCGAUGCCACCACCAAGGACAUCAUCCAGUUGUUCCUCAAGAAAAAAAUCGACGAGCGUCUUGGCAUGAAGGACAACAUGGAGGACCCCAGGAAGCACCCGUGGUUUAAGAGCAUAAACUUCCCCCGCCUGGAGGCCGGCCUGGUGGCGCCCCCGUGGACCCCGAAACCCAACGUCGUCUACGCCAAGGACACGGGUGACAUCGCCGAGUUCUCCGAAAUCAAAGGCAUCGAGUUUGACGCCAAAGAUGACAAGUUCUUCAAGGAGUUCAGCACCGGCGCCGUGCCCAUCCAAUGGCAGCAGGAGAUGAUCGAAACGGGACUGUUUGACGAGCUCAAUGAUCCCAACAGGAAAGAAGGUGGCGGAGAUGUGGAUGAUGAAAAGAAGUCCGGUACUUGUACAUUGCUGUGAGGGGACUCCUUGUUCGUUUUUCCCCACAUCACAAGCACACGUUGACCGUUUUUCAAAUCUGAAUGACUUUUCAGGUAAAGAGCUAAGCUGGCACGUUAGUAUGUGACGUCUCAUCUAAGAUGUUGCUCUUCUGGUCUAGAGGCAACAGAACCGGGGACAAACUAAUGCGUUGUUGCACCGCUGUACACGUUGGCCUAGAACCAGUAAGAACUCGGGCAAUGGCAACGUUGGAUGGGUUGCUGUUGUUGAUUUUGUUCAAGCUAUAAAUUCCCAAAUAUGCCGCACUUUCACUGUACCUUUAAUCGUGUCAACUUGCGUGCGGUCUGACCAGAAAUGUCAGCUGGGAGUCUUUACAUUUUUAGAACAAAUAUGAAAUGAAUUCACUAAGACACAGGUGCAAACUCGAAGCCCUGGGGGCUUGAUCCAACCCGCUGCAUGAUUUUAUGUGGCCUGCGAAGGCAAAUCAUAUGUAUCAACUUCCAUGAUUUUUGUUCAAAUCUGUACCCAAAUUUUAAAUUGUCAUAUCAUAAAUGCGUGGCUCAGCUGGUAAAGCGUUGGCCUCACAGUUGUGAGGUCCUGGCUUCAAUCCCGGACCCGCCUGUGUGGAGUUUGCAUGUUCUCCCCGUUCCUGCGUGGGUUUUCUCCUGGCACUCCGGUUUCCUCCCACAUCCCCCCAAAAAAACAUGCCAUAUUAAUUGGAUGCUCUAAAUUGCCCCGAGGUGUGAUUGUGAGUGUGGCUGUUGUUUGUCUAUAUGUUCCCUGGGAUUAGCUGGUAAUCAGUUCAGGGUGUCCCCCAGCUCCUGCCCGUUGACAGCUGGGAUAGGCUCCAGCACUCCCCGUGACCCUCGUGAGGAUAAGCGGCAAAGAAAAUGGAUGGAUGGAUGGAUAAAUGAUAAUGUUGAGAUUUUACAAGCAUUUUUGUGUUACCAUAUAGUUGAAAAAACCAUUACUCUUCAUUUCUGAUUCCAAAACAAAUUCAUAAUUUUCAUGUGUAAAUAUGAUGAGGCGGUUUAAGAUUUUCAUGGUUUCACAGUCAUAUCUGAGGGAAACCAUAGGUAAAAUGUGGCCCGCGACAAAAAUGAGUGGCACUAAGAGUUAAGUUGAA